AUGGAUGCCCCUCCAUUAAAUGAGGAGGAAUUGAAUUAAAUUUAUAAUUGGAUUGACGGAAUCCCUCUUUCUCGUCCAAAAAAAAAUAUAACUAGAGAUUUCGCAGAUGGGUGCAUGUUGGCUGAAGUAAUAAGCCAUUAUUGUCCCAAGUUGGUUGAAGUUCACAAUUAUUCUCAAGCACACUCUGUUACAUAAAAGCUCUACAACUGGAAUACCUUAAAUUAAAGAGUUUUAAAGAAAAUGGGAUUUUAGAUUUCUAAAAAUGAUAUAGACUGUAUAAUAAACGCAGUCCCUGAUGCAGUUGAAAGGGUUUUAAAGGUAUGUUAGAUUAAACUUGAUAAGUAUCUUGACGAUCAAAAGAAGAAAAAAGAUUAGCAAUAAUAUAUAGAAAACGCAUAAAUGAUGUAAAAUGGUAAUAAAUUACAGCUUGGAAAUGCCAAUAAUCCAUAUUAAUACGCAGAAUUUUUAAACCCUAAAGAAGUAUCAUAAAUGCUCUUUUAAAGAGAUACAACUAUUAAUGAGUUGAGGGCAACUAUUGAAAUACUUGAACUAAAGAUCAAAAAAAUGGAUUAGCUAGUAAAAUUAAAAGAUAGUAAAAUAUAAAGUCUUAUAAAUAAAUUAUCUUAAGCAGGAUUAUCCUGA